AUGGCGGCGGCUAGCUUCGACAAGGAACGUUUAAUCGAAGCAGUGAGAAGAUACCCCUGUUUAUAUGAUACGACGAAAAAGGAGUAUAAAGACGAGUUAAUUAGGGAGAACGCUUGGCGAAAUGUUUGCAAUGAAGUACUUGAGAAGACGUACCAAAACGAAAAAGAACUCAUUGAAGAUACAAAUGCCCUUAAAAAAGUUUUCAAAAACCUGAGAGACAGGUUUAUGAAAAUGAGAAGAGAAUACAAGCCGUCUGGAAGUGCUGGAGGUGUACCAUUGGAGCCUUCGUGGCCCUACUUUAGACUGCUUGAAUUUUUGGCUCCCUUUCUGAAGCACAGACAGACGCGGGGAAAUCUACAGAUGGUCAGCGAUGACACUGUACAAGCCUCUCCAGAAAGCUGUUUUUCUAACGCUUUGGAGGUCGAUGAGACGGAGCAGCAGCUGAGCACUCUUUCGUCCGAUUCGUUCCUUAUUUUGGAACAGACGCAAUCAUCAAAGCCGAAUUCUCCUGUUCCUGCUGCACUGAAUGACUCAGUCGUCCCCAAAAAAAGGCAGAAAAAGGCCACAGUUAAAGAAUCUGACAGUGAGGUUUUAAUGAGUGUGCUUCGCAGUACAAGCGAUUUUAUUAACACUGCCAGUAAAAAAGGAGAGGCAGACGAAGACGAUUUGUUCGGUCAAAGCAUCGGAAAAGAGCUAAAAAAAUUAACUGAGUAUCAGAAGAGCCUUGCCAAAAUUAAAAUACAGCAAGUUUUGCAUGAAGUUAGGUGGCAGGAAGAGCCAAAGUAA